AUGUCCAUGAAUUUGCUUCGCGUGUCAGCUGCUCGUCAAUCGGCAAGAAUUGGCCGCACUCUGCCACAGACGACUCGUCGCAUGGCUCGUUCUUACGCGACCCAGCACCAACAGCACCAACCCACCAGCAGCACACCCUGGUUCCUUGGAUCGCUCAUUGUCUUUGGUCCCAUUCUUUUCAAAUUGACCUCGCCACCACCAAAGCCAAAGAAGAAGGUUGUUGAAGAACAUCAUGAGCCUACUACUACUACUGCUGCUGCUACUCCUACUCCUGUUGAAGAAGCACCCAAGGUUCAAAAGCCUUAUGUCCUUAUUGGUGCAGGAACUGCUUCAUUUGCUGCUGCUCAAGCUAUCAAGGAGAAGGAUCCUCAAGCAAACGUCAUUAUCAUCGGCGACGAGGAAUAUGCUCCUUACAUGAGACCCCCAUUGUCCAAGGAAUUGUGGUUCUCAGAGGAUCCUGAAGUAGCCAAGAAACUCGUUUUCAAGGAUUGGCAAGGCAACGAACGCAACACCAUCUAUCAAGAUCUUGCUGAAUAUCAAGUCAUUCCUGAUGCCUCCGGUUCGGAUUUGCAGACUUCCAAGAUCAAGCUUUUGUUCAACAAGGUGGCCAAGCUUAACAUUGAGGAUCACACCGUUACUUUGGCUGAUGGUAGUGUCAUUUACUACAACAAGGUUCUUCUUGCCACUGGUGGUGAACCCAAGAACCUUCCCAACCAACCCAAGGACGUUGCCAACGUGACAACUUAUCGUACCGUGGAAGAUUUCAAGAAGCUUGACAAGAUUGCCAAGAAUGGUGCUCAUAUUGCUGUUGUUGGUGGUGGUUUCCUGGGCUCUGAAUUGGCUGUUGCAUUGGCCAAACGCGCUGAGAAGGAGAACCUCACUGUCACCCAAGUUUUCCCUGAAGAGGGCAACAUGGCCAAUGUUUUCCCAUCCUAUUUGACAAAGUGGACCACCAGCCGUGUUCGCAAGUUGGGUGUCAAGGUGGAAACCAACAGUGCCAUUCAAUCGAUUAAAUCGGAUGAUAACAAGGUUGUUUUGAACCUUGGUGGUGACAAGCAAUUGGCUGUGGAUCACGUCGUUGUUGCUGUUGGCAUUGAACCUCGUGUCGAGUUGGCUCGUGCUGCCGGCUUGGAAGUGGAUGAAAAGCGUGCUGGUGUUGUUGUCAAUGCUGAACUUGAAGCCCGUACCGAUGUCUUUGCUGCUGGUGACAUGGUAUCCUUCCACGAUGUUCAAUUGGGUCGCCGUCGCAUUGAACAUCAUGACCAUGCUGUCUUGAGUGGUCGUCAUGCUGGUGAAAACAUGGUUGGUGCUGCCAAGCCAUAUACACAUCAAUCCAUGUUCUGGUCUGAUUUAGGCCCUGAAGUCGGCUAUGAAGCUGUUGGUUUGGUUGAUUCUCAAUUGUCAACCUUGAGUGUAUGGGCCAAGGCCACCGCCAAGGAUACACCUGCAAUGGGUGCUGCCUCUGAAGCCAACAGCCCUCGUGGUGCACCCAAUGCUGCCACUACUACAACCUCCAAUGAGGCUGCCAAGCCUGCCGUGGCUAAGGACACCUUCCAAGAUGAGAAGUUUGGCAAGGGCUUGGUGUUCUAUCUCCGUGACAAGAAGAUUGUUGGUCUCUUGCUAUUCAAUGUCUUUGGCAAGGUUCAGGAAGCUCGUGAUAUCAUCAAUGCUGGCUACACUUCCGAUCAAAUUGACGGCUUGCUUAAAAAAUUCAACCUUCAUGAAGAGGACUCUCAUUAG